AUGCUUGGCGACGUAGACAGUUUCGGCGGUCUGGGUCCCAUUCCGUCCAUGAACGCGGUGUUGGAGAAGCGCACGUCAAGUCAGUUUUCCAUUAGCUCGCUGCUGCCCCCGUCCGUGACAACUACCGAUAAUGAAGGCCAAGGAUCUGCACCAAGGGUGUCUACCACAACUGCAGAGGGGUCUGGUGGCAACACCAAGUACAUGGACCCCACUACGGGCGACUACAUGUACCCGGACAACGUCAAGCCCAUGAGCUUCUACGACAAACAACGUCUUGUGCAGAAGAUUACGAUGCUUCCCAGUCAAUAUCUGCGUGGCCUCAUGGACGUCAUCAGCAAGUACCAGCCAGAUACUGUACGUCAGAUCGACGACGAUGGCUACGCGUUCGAUCUGGGUCAGAUGAACGAGAAUACUGUGUGGGCUAUCAGUGACUACGUAAAGGACUCGAUGAUUGAGCUGGAUGGAUACAUUAAAUCACUCAACCAAACUGCUAUUGACCUUGCUGCCGGUGAGGAUCGACAUGGAGAAACUGUUCUGACGGCCGCAAGUGCGGCUACACCCACCAGCAGUGCGGUUCGCCACUUGACCGACACUCUGGCGAUGAACACGUCCAAGAUGUCUGUCAUCACUAAUAACGAGAAUCAGAAUAAAUUCCUGGAACAGGUGGAGAUGUAUUCCAAACCCAAAGUGACCAAGUCGCGUGUAAAGCCCAGCAAGAAGCACCAGUGUCCGACGUGUAACAAGCAAUUCCGCGGACGCUCCGAGCUGCAGAACCAUAUCAGAACUCACACAGGCGAGAAGCCACUCAAAUGCUCGUACGCGGGAUGCACGAAGCGAUAUGCACACAGCUCGAAUCUGCGUGCACACGAGCGAACACACGCCGGAAUAAAGCCGUAUACAUGUCACUACGACGGCUGCGGGAAGAGCUUCGCCCACUCUGUAUCACUUAAGGAACAUAUUUGGAUGCAUGCAGGAUUCCAGCCCUACGUGUGUCCGUACGAGGGAUGCCAGAAGAAGUUUACGCAGGUCUCAAAUUUUGCCCGACACAAGAAGACGCACGAGAAGGAAGACAACGAACACUCGAUUGAGAGCGAUAAUUAG